AUAUGGCGGCGUCCUGCGGCUCCUCGCAGCUCCCUGCCGCCGAGCCGCCGCUGAAGGUGCCCAAGAUGGAGGUGCUGUCGCCGGGCUCGCCGGGGGCGCUGAGCGACGGCAACCCCAGCCUCUCCGACCCCUCCACCCCCAGCGGCGCCUCCCCGCUCGGCUCCGGGCCGGGGCCGGCGGCUGGCGGGGCCGGGCUGGGGGGCGGCGGCGGGGCCGGGGGCCGCGGCGGAGCUUCGCCUUCGGUCUCCUUCUCGCCGGGCGGUGCCGCCGCCGCCGCCGCUGCCGCCGCUUGCCGAGGGAUGUCCUGGACGCCGGCGGAGACCAACGCUCUGAUCGCCGUCUGGGGCAACGAGCGGCUGGUGGAGGCUCGGUACCAGCAGCUGGAGGGCGCCGGGACCGUGUUCGGCAGCAAAGCCCCCGGGCCCGCCAUGUACGAGCGAGUGUCCCGCGCCCUGGCGGAGCUGGGCUACGAGCGCACCCCCUCGCAGUGCCGGGAGCGCAUCAAGACCCUCCGCAGGUGCUACAGCCGCGUGAAGGAGCACGGCGUGGGCAAGAGGAAAAGCAGCUACACCUUUGAGCAGCUGGAGCAGGUGUUUGGGCAGGGGGGAUGGGACUCACAGCCCUGCCAGCCUGUCCUCAUCAACAGCAGCGGCCUCUACCAGGAGCUGGAGUCAGAUGGCAGCACCAUGGAGGAGUAUUCCCAGGAGGAUUGGGGAAACCACAGCCAGGACCUGCACUGCUACCAGACUGGAGAGCAGGAGCUGGAUGAGAUGCCUACCCCAAAAAGAACACUAAAGAUCAAGCAGGAGUCUUCAGAGGACACUCAGAAGCGCGAUGUGAUGCAGAACAUCAUGCAGAUCCUGGAGUCGGUGCAGCUGAAGUGGGAGCUGUUCCAGAGCUGGACGGACUUCUCGCGGCUGCACCUGUCCAACAAGCUGGCGAUCUUCGGCAUCGGCUACAACACGCGCUGGAAGGAGGACAUUCGCUACCACUACGCCGAGAUCAGCUCCCAGGUGCCGCUCGGCAAGCGCCUGCGCGAGUACUUCAACUCGGAGAAGCCGGAGGGCAGGGUCAUCAUGACCCGGGUGCAGAAGAUGAACUGGAAGAACGUUUACUACAAGUUCCUGGAGAUCACCAUCAGCGAGGCGCGCUGCCUGGAGCUGCACAUGGAGAUCGACUGGAUCCCCAUCGCCCACUCCAAGCCCACCGGCGGCAACGUGGUGCAGUAUUUGCUGCCGGGGGGGAUCCCCAAGAGCCCCGGGCUCUACGCCAUCGGCUACGAGGAGUGCCACGACAAGCCCCUCUCGCCCCUGGCCGAGCACAGGGGGGCAGAGCCCCUCCCCGAGACUCAGGGCGAGCUGGAGGCGCCCUCGCCUCAGGCCUCGCUGCGGGUGGAGAUGGAGGCCGCCCGCAUCAUCUACUGUUACCUCGGCAUCGCCGAGGUGCGGACCCUGCAGCAGUGCCUGUUCUUACACUUCCAGGCCAACACCAAAACCUUCAGCAAGGAUUGGCUGGGCAUCAACGCCUUUUUAUCCCAGAACUGCGUGGUGGAGCCUGGCGUCUCCCCCAAAUCCAUCUACAUCAAAUUUGUGGAAGUGGAGAGGGAUUUUCUGUCGGCCGGCUCGCUGGUAGAGUGCCUGGAAAAAGCCAUCGGAUACCCUUUAAAGUUCAACAACUGAGGCUCCUCCUUCAUAAGGAUCAAGGGCUUCCUGCUCCCUUUUUUUUCCAUCGCGGCCGGGCCUUUCCCGCCUGGGAACGGGGAUUGUUUGGGGAUGAGAAGCCCCCCGCUGAGGGCCCUUCCCACCAGCUCAUCCCCAGCCCCCGGCGAGCGCAUCCCGGCGAGCGAGCGCAUCCCGGCUCCUUUCCGCCCGCGGCGAGGAGGAGCCUCCACCUUUAGGUACAUUCCACACGGGACAGGAGCGGCGCGGGGGGGGGGAAGCUUUUCGGACAGAGUCGUUUUUUGGGGAGGGUCUUUUGUUUUCCCUUUCUUCCACCGUGUCUGUGGGACGCAUCCGUCUGGGUCAGUGUUACUGCGGCUCUGGGUCACUAAGCAAUAGGAGCGGCGCAGGCUGGGCUCAGCCCAGGGAGACUUCUCCGGAGCCGCCCCCCCGCAGCGCUUUGCGCGGACUGCAGGUUCCGCGCUGGCUGCGCCCGGCCGAGCCUGCUCCGGGCUCCGGCAGCGCUGCCUGCGGCGAGACUUUGGGUUCGCAUCCUGUAUCCACCUGUUCCUGUUAGCGUUGCCAUAUCCAUAUCCACUCUGUUUGUUUGGGGGGUUUCGUUUGGGGUUUUUUUACCAUUAAAAGAAUUCCUGCUCCUUGC